ACAACUGAAACUAUAAGAAUCUUUUGUGACUAAUGCGGGAGAAAAUAAAACAAGGGGAAACUGUUUAAUGUUGCUUGGCAGUGGUUGUCAUAGAGACGUUUGUUAAAUAACACCAGCCAUUUUAUGCUCAUAAAACAGUGUGCAGCGGGACCUUCUUUUUCCUCUCAUUUUUGUCUCUAUUAUCAGACAUCAUGAGCAACAUCAUCUAUCCUGCAGAGAGCAUCUAUAACCUUAUUCCCAGAGAGGAAGAAAAAGCCAUGAAAGCGCCCAGGUACAUGUCAAAGUUCAGAGAGCAGGUGAAGCUGGAGAAAGAGGUGAACAAAUCCCCCAAUAAAACAAUGGGACCAGCAAAAGUGGACGUACCGUUGGCAACAAACUAUCUACAGAAACACUCCAAGGAACCAAAACUCCCUGAGAAGAAACCAUUUAAAUAUGAAGAUGAUGAGCUACAUGGUAAACCACCAGUACCUGCAAGAACAGAGAAGCCGCUCAUGGGUCUCUACUCCAACAAGAACUUUAUUAAGACCAACGCCGUUGAGAACAUCAUGGCACUCCCAAAGAAAGUGCAGCCAGUGUAUGCUGACACCAAGAAGGGGGACAAACAGCCGCUGGAGAACUCUGGUCUCAUCCCGAAAUUCAUAAAGAAGAAGGACUAUGGCCAAACUCCAGAGUACCUGCUUCAGCGCAGACAGGAAGUCAGGAAAGCACAAGAGGAAUACGACAACUAUGUCAAGGAGCGGAUGAGAGAAGGAGCCAUGAAACAGCUCUCUGGUGAAGAACGACACUAUAUCCUACAGGCUCUGAAGAAGAACUGGGACGACCUUCAUCAUCAGUACCAGGGCCUCUCUGUUGUCACAGACACAGCACCCAAAAAAUACAGGAAGGAGCGUCUGGAGCAGGAGAUGAACCAGCUGGAGAGAGAUAUUGACCUGGUGGAACGACACAAAACCAUCUACAUUGCUAAUAACUGAGCGGGAUGUUAGCCAUUUCAGCAAAUAUGCAAAAACAACAUUUGAAACUCUACUCAUCCUCUUCUGGUCCUUCAAGAUUAGUUUAAAAGGCUUCUGUAAAGUUCUACAGCAACAGAUCUGAGUGCAAUAAAGAUAAUUUUAGAUAACCUGAA